AUGGGUAGUGGGUAGAAUCGAUAAUUAAAUGUGCCAGUUGUCUAUCUUGAAAAUCAUAAAAAUGUUGGCAGUUAUAGAUUCUUAUAGAAUUAGAGACAAAACAUUCCAAAAGCAUAUUUAAAAAUAGAACCAAAUUAUUCAAAGAUUGAACGAUUAGAAACAAUCAAUAGUGCUGUUGUGCAUGGAGUUGUAGGACUCAAAAAUCUGGGGAAUACAUGCUACUUUAAUACUGCCAUUCAUUGUAUCAGUCAUACUCAACCUCUUGUGGACUAUUUCUUGUCUAAAGCCUAUAAAGUUAAUUCUUCUUGUCCAACAUCUGGAAAUAUAACGAAAGCCUUUGUAUCUCUAAUGGAACAAAUAUGGGAUGAUGAAAAUUGUUUUGCAGAAUCCAAGGAUUUUAAAUAACUUGUUUAAGGUUAAAAACUUAAGCCAUAUAAUAAAUGCAUCAACCCAAUCAAGCUUUUAAAUCUCUUGCAAAAGUAUAGCAAACGAUUUGCAUUAGGAGAUUAGGAAGAUUGCUAAGAAUUAUUGUCUUAUCUUCUUGACUUGCUACAUUAAGAAUUAAAUAGAUCGUAGCCUAACUCUAAAAGCAUAACAAAAGAUUACACAGGUGAGUAUGUUGACCCCAAGUGGGCAGCAGAUAGCUGGGGUGAGCAUUUGAAGAUCAAUAGAAGCAUCAUUGUGGAUUUGUUCUAAGGACAAUUAAAAUCUACAUGUUAAUGCCAAGAAUGUGGAUUCUAAAGUCAUAAAUUUGAACCCUUCCUCUUCCUCAAUCUUCCAAUACCUAAAUAAAAAGUGUCAAUCUACAAAUGUCUAGACUUAUUCCAAGAACCAGAACUCUUAUCAGGUUCCUGCCAAUGGAAAUGUCCCAAUUGCAAAAUCAACAGGGACUUCAAAAAGCAGAUUCAACUCUGGAAAUUACCUAAUCAACUCAUUAUUCAUCUAAAAAGAUUUGAAUUUCAUCAUAGAAAACAGGUCAAACUAAAUACAGUCGUUGAAUUUCCAUUGGAAUUGGAUAUGGCUUAAUACUGUGUUGAUUAGGCCAUUUCAUGUUAUUAACUCUAUGCAGUGGCACAACAUGAUGGAUCCUCUUAUGGUGGCCAUUAUGUUGCUCUAUGUAAAGCUUAGAAUAAUAAUUGGUACAUGUACAAUGAUGAUCAAGUGUUUCGAAUUUAAGAUGUUAAAAAAAUGGUAUAAAAUGAGUAUGCUUACAUGCUCUUUUAUUAAAGAUAUGAUAAUAUCUACAGAUAAACAUUAAAUAAACCAGAAGCAUGGCCUCAUUUCAGGUUACCAAAAAUAUCACAAACUACUCACUUGAUGGUUUAAACUGAUAGGAAAUCUUAAGAUUCCAGUCCGAACUAACUAGAAUCAACACCUUUAGAUAACUAAACUGGAGUUAUAAGUUAAUAAAGAUCAUAAUAAGAUAUAAAAUUCAACUCUAUUGCAUGA